AUGUCUUCCUACUUGGAAAAGCUUGACAUUCUUAUUGUGGGUGCUGGCCUCGGGGGUCUUUUUGCAUCUCUGGCUCUGCGACAAGAUGGCCACCGUGUGACGCUUCUGGAUUCCUCCACGGAAUUUAAAGAGGCCGGUGCCGGUAUUCGCAUCCCGCCCAACAGCUCCCGUCUCCUGCGCCGUUGGGGCAUUGACGUAGACGGGUUAAAGAAAUCAACCUGCCGACGUUACCACUUUAUUCGCUGGGAGGAUGGUUCAACCAUUACGAAGAUUCCCUUUGAAGAUAUCGAGGAACGACAUGGCGCGCCGUAUUACAUGGUUCACCGAGCCGAUCUGCACGCAAGCUUGCUUACCGCGGCCAUCCGCGCGGGGGUGGCCAUCCACAACAACCAACACGUCACGUCCUACGAUUUCACCCUUCCCAAGGCCAUCACAGCAGAUUCAAAAGAAUGGACGGCCGAUCUAAUCAUUUGUGCUGAUGGUAUCAAAUCCACUGCUCGCCCACUUCUCACAGGCCAGCCAGACCGCCCUAGAGACACUGGAGACGUUGCAUACCGAAUCCUCAUCCAUGGGAAAGACCUCCUUGCAGAUCCGGACCUCGCCGACCUCAUCACAGACCCGGCAAAUACAUCCUGGUGUGGACCGGAUGCCCACCUAGUCGGCUAUCCUAUCCGCAAUGGCGAGCUUUACAACAUCGUCGUAUGCGCUACCUCGCAGGGAGAAACAGCCGAUGACACCUGGGUCGUGGAGGGCGACAACGAGGAGCUCUGCGCAAGGUUCUCCAGCUGGGAGCCCCGGGUGCAGAAGGUAUGUCGUUUGACCAAGUCCUUCAUGAAAUGGCGAUUGUGUGAUCUUCCCGUGCUCUCGACCUGGGUGCAUCCGUCUAGCAAGGCAUGUCUUCUAGGUGAUUCGUGUCACCCCAUGCUGCCCUAUCUAGCCCAAGGAGCGGCCCAGGCGGCGGAAGAUGCUGCCACUAUCCGGAAGGUUCUCGCUCAAGGAACCGACCUUGCGAGUGCAUUGAAGCAAUAUGAGGCUAUUCGACGCCCAAGAGCAUCCCUUAUCCAGUCGAAGACCUGA